AUUCUAUAGAAAAAAAAAUUGCGGGAAAUUCAAAUCAAUUUUUUUUAUUUUUAGUGAGAUUUCAAACCAAAAAAAAGUGGGGAAAUAAGAAAUAACGGCGUCUUUUUUUUAUCUCGGGUUCAUCUGUGAUUUAAGUGUGAUAAAAAAACAUAACCUAACUUUUUUUUCUCGAUAACGAUAAUAAUAAUAAUAAUGAACGCCAGAUCUCAGGUUUUCGAACUGACCCUCGAAGGUAGACAGGCGGAUGAGGCUGUCACCAGCUUGUUUCACACAGUACUCUUCCACAGAUGUCUUGGUAAAUUCCUGUACACCAACGAGAGCAGUUAUUCUGUCAGCACGGUGGGUUUUACUGACGUAGAUUGCGAUUUUAUCGACUUGACAUACGUCUGUUGCUCGUCGAACUCUCUGGCGCGAACUGUCAAACAGGAAGUGAGCAAUUUCUCGGAACAGUUACGGAGUAACGAGUCCAGCGGGAUGGGUCAGAUAAGCUUGGAGUUUUUCCAGAAAAAACCUAGCCGGUACUUGUUUUUACAGCCCGAAUGUAUACCUUGGGAGGUGUGGACUGUAAGGUUACAACUGAUAACCCUGGAUAAUGAGCUGGAAAGGCAGGAAUGCCGGGAGAAAGUCGGGAAUCACCUCACAGAGAAAAUAGUUUAUAUAACCGAGGUUAUGAAUCGGCAGGAUUAUUUACCCAAGAUGCCUUCUAGGAGUGAGGUUGAUUUAGUUUUUGACACUUCAUUCGUAGACGUGCAACCGUAUUUGUUUAAAUUUAAUUAUUCAAUAACAGGACCUUCAAGCGGAACAUCUGUGGGUUCUACCAUGAGAAAGUUCAUCAAAGAGAGCUUCAAUCUGUAAAAUUACGGUUUUUUUGAUUUUACGGUGAAGUACAGGGUGUUUUAAAACUAACCUAACACAUAUUUUGUAAUGAAAUUAGGGAUUUUGUAUGGUUUAGGGUUUACUGAAGUCAGGUUUUGAGUUAAGAUUUAAAGUCUGUCCGAUGAGAAGAUACCUGACAGUGACAGUUGUGUCUGUUAUUUUAAUUCGCAGGUAAAUUGAAUUUUCGGUCAUUUUUUUUUAAUCUGUCGUCGGUCAAAAUCUUCCCCGACUCCUUGGUCAGACUUUAAUGCCUUUUUUUUAAAUUUAAAAUACUCCAAUUGUAAUUUGAAGUCCCUACACGAUGUAUUUCCAGAUUUGUACACUUUGCAUAAAAUCAAUAAUUAUAAAGUAAACAAGAAAGACUACAAAAUAUGUACAGGGUGGCUCGAAUUCGACGCUCAUCGAUACUCAUUUGAUA